UGGGCUCCUUCCCUGCUAUCUAUCCGCCCGCACAUUACUACCAAGAGAAACAACAAAGGAAAAGAAAAGUCUCUCUCUUUUAACAUCUAUGGCAUCCAUUUCCAUUUCUGCUUCAUUGCAUAGAACCUGCGGUUCUCAUCGUGUCACCAAAAAACAACGGCCUCAAGCAAGGACUGCAAGGUCUUUGGGAUCAAAGCACGCGACCCGUGCUGUUACUCUAAAUGUUGAAGGCCAAAGAGGUGUUGGCAUGUCUGAACAACAGGAGAAGCCUGCUUUAGCCACUGGUGGAUCAAAUAAGGCCAACGAUAAAUUGGAGAAUGGUUUGGAAACUAAACAUUCUGUUCCAAAAUUUAUCGAUGAGCGUUGGAAGAAAGGGACCUGGGAUUUAAACAUGUUUGUCAGGGAUGGCAAGAUGGACUGGGAUGGUCUUAUUGAAGCAGAAGCAAAGAGGAGAAAAAUUAUUGAAUUGUAUCCAAAUACAUGUACAAAUGAAGAACCUGUGCUCUUUCGGAGCUCCAUUAUACCUUGGUGGGCAUGGCUCAAAAGGUCAUAUCUUCCAGAGGCAGAGCUUCUCAAUGGUAGAGCGGCCAUGGUAGGAUUCUUCGCAGCGUAUAUUGUGGAGGGAUUGACAGGGCUUGAUAUGGUUGGCCAGACAGGAAACUUCAUUUGCAAAACCGUACUUUUUGUGACUGUCACUGGCAUAAUACUUUUUAGGCGAACAGAAGAUUUCAAAAACCUGAGAAAGCUGGUUGAUGAAGCAACCUUCUAUGACAAGCAAUGGCAGGCAUCAUGGAAAGAUCAAAAUGCACCAAAUACUGGUGCUUCUGAUAAUAAAGUAGACAAAAUGUAGCUAGACAGUUCAUAUGUAUCCAUCGUUACCCAAAAAAACAAAAGGGAAGACUGCAAUUAGUACUGUUUUUUUGUACCUCUUUCAAUGUCAAACAGCUGCAGCUUUUAUAUAUUUCUGAGUUCCAGCAAAGGAACCGGUUAGUUUUUCAGGAA